AUGAAAGAUAAAUUAACAUUUCAAGAUGAAACUAAUAUAACUAUACGUCGUCGUAUAGCAGCUGAAAAACUUUUAAUUGGUUUUAAAAAUGUUGAUGAAUAUAUUGAUCCAAUAAUCUUAGAUAUCUUAUCAAAAAAUAUUCAAGGUGGUUUAACUCAUCAAUAUGUUAAAUUAGGUGAUAAAUAUAUUGAUAUUGAUAAAAUUUUUCGCAUGUAUUUAACAUGUCGUUUAUCAAAUCCAAUAUUAUCUACUUUACAUUUUUCUUAUUCAAAAGUAAUUAAUUAUACAGUAACAUUAAAAGGUCUUGAAGAACAAUUAUUAUCUUCACUUGUUAAAAUUGAAAGACGUGAAUUAGAAGAAAUGCGUGAAACAUUAAUUCAAGAAAUAUUUGAAAAUCAACAACAACAAAAAUUACUUGAAGAUUCACUUUUAAGAGAAUUAACAACAAGUACUGGAAAUAUUCUUGAUAAUACAGAAUUAAUUGAAACAUUAGAAAAUACAAAAAUAAAAGUCAGUGAAGUUAUGCAAGCAUUAAAUUUAGGUGAAAGAACUCGACAAGAUAUUGAAAAAUUACGUGACACAUAUAGAUUAGCUGCUAGACGUGGUGCUGUACUUUAUUUUACUUUAGUUCAAAUGUCAAUUAUUAAUUCAAUGUAUCAAUAUUCAUUAAAUUCUUUUCUAUCCGUUUUUGAAUAUAGUGUAAGAAGUUCGCAAACACAUAUAAAAUUAAAUAAACGUUUACAAUCAAUAAUAAAUACAUUAACAUAUCAAAUAUAUUGUUAUGGUACAACAGGAAUGUUUGAAAAACAUAAAUUACUUUAUUCAUUUUUAAUAACUAUACAAAUUGAAUUAGAUCAACAAAUAAUUAAUUAUAAUCAAAUAAAUUUUUUUCUUAAAGGUAAUUUAUCAUUAGAUAAAACAUUAACAAUUAAAACAAAACCAAUAUUUAAUUGGUUAACAUAUGAUGCAUGGCAUCAUUGUUUAUAUCUUACAAAAAAUUUUCCUGAUAAAUUUCAAAAUUUAUUAAUAAAUAUAGAAGAAAAUCAUCAGGAAUGGAAACAAUGGAUUGAAUAUGAUCAACCAGAAAAUUAUUUAGUACCAAAACCGUAUGAUAAUUUAUUAAAUGAUUUUGAACGUUUAAUGUUAUUAAGAUGUUUUUGUCAAAAUCGAAUUAUUUUUUCUAUAAAUAAUUAUAUAACGAAAAUAAUGGGAGAAAAAUAUAUUAUUCCACCAACAAUUUAUUUUGAUUCUAUAUUUGAACAAUCAACAUCACAAAUACCAAUUAUAUUAAUACUUUCACCAGGAUCUGAUCCAACAAAUGAUAUUCAAAAAUUAGCAGAAAGAAAAAAUCAUAUUCGAAAAAUUAAUAUUGAAAAUGGAAUAACAGGAAAUGAUGAACAAAAAUCUUUACGAAUACUUGCGAUGGGUCAAGGUCAAGAAAAAUUUGCAUUACAAGCAUUACAUACAGCACAAUAUCAAGGAACUUGGUUAUUACUUCAAAAUUGUCAUUUACUUUUACCGUUUUUAAAUGAAUUAGAAAAAGAAUUGGAAAUAUCAACGAAAUCACAUCCAGAUUUUCGUCUUUGGAUGACAACAGAACCAAUUGAGAAAUUUCCUAUCGGACUUCUUCAAAAGUCAUAUAAAGUAGUAAUAGAACCUCCAUCAACUCUUAAAUUAAAUCUUCGUUCAACAUUUAUUAAUAUAAAUUUACAAACAUUUACUGAAUCUGAUCAUCCAGCAUAUCCUUGUAUGAUAUUUAUUCUUGCUUUCUUUCAUGCAAUUAUACUUGAUCGAAGAAAAUAUGAUAAAAUUGGAUGGUCAUGUUCAUAUGAUUUCAAUGAAUCAGAUUUUCAUGUUUCAGUCGAUAUUUUAAAAUCUUAUUUAAACAUGAGUUUAGAACGUUCUAGUCUUGAAAUUCAAUGGCCAACAAUACGAUAUUUAAUCGGAGAAGUCAUAUACGGUGGUCGUGUAAUUGAUUCAUAUGAUCGACGUACAAUUCAUACUUAUAUGAAAGAAUAUUUUGGAGAUUUUGUUUUUGAUUAUUUUCAACCAUUUCAUUUCUUUAUUGAUACUAAUAAAUCAUUGAAAUAUGAUUAUUUUAUUCCUGAAUUACGUGAUUUUUUAUCGGCAAAACAAAGAUGGUUAUUAAGAGAAGCCAAUAUAUCAAUUGAACCACAAAUUGAAUAUAAUUUCGAAAAAUUUUUACCUGAUAAAAUUUCGAAUCUUCUUCAACGUAACAUAGAAAAAUCAAAUUUUGAUAUUGAUCGAAUUGAAUAUCGACAAAUGGAUUAUCAAUUUUUAUCUAAAAAUGUUCUUUUUAAUCAAUUCUUUCAUUAUUCCAUUUUUCGUGAUCUUUAUCUAACUUAUAUUGAUCAACUACCACUUUAUAAUCCACCUGAUAUACUUGGUUUACAUGCAAAUGCAGAAAUCAAUUAUUUAACUAAAACAGCUUAUGAAAUUUACUCAAUGAUGCUUGAUAUACAACCUGAACAGCAUGACAUUGAAGAUAGUUUAAGUAGAGAACAAUUUGUUUUAUCAUUAAUUGAUGAUAUUCUUCAACAAAUUCCACCAAAAAAAGAUCUUAAUAUUAUAAAACAAAAAUUUAAACAAAUUUUAACACCAUUAACAAUUGUUCUUGUUCAAGAAAUUCAACGAUUUAAUUUACUCACAUCAAUUAUGUGGAAAUCAAUGAAUGAAUUAAAACAAGCAUUAAAUGGUCAAAUUAAUUUUUCUUAUCAACUUGAUGAAAUAAGUAAAUAUCUUUAUCAUGGACAAAUACCAUUAUUAUGGAGAUCAUAUACACCACAAACAAAAAAAACACUUGGAAGUUGGAUUGAACAUUUUCAAAGACGAAAUCAACAAUAUGAAAAAUGGAUAUAUAAUGGUGAACUUAAAAUAAUUAAUUUAAGUGGAUUGCAUGUACCUGAAUCUUAUUUAGCUGCUAUUAUACAAAUAGUUUCACGUAAAAAUCAAUGGCCUUUAGAUAAAGUAACAUUUUAUACAAAUGUUACAAAAUGGCAAAAUAUAGAUGAUGUUGAUGAAUCUGUUCAAGGUAUUUGUUUAAUUGAAGGUUUGUAUUUAGAAGGUGCUGCAUGGGAUAUAGAAAAUAAUUGUUUAAUUGAACAAUCAAAUAAACAACUUAUUCAAAUGAUUCCGUUAAUUAAAAUAAUACCUAUUGAAACACAUCGAUUUAAUAUGAAUAAUUAUUUACGAACACCAGUUUAUGUAACAAGUGAUCGUCGAAAUGCAAUGGGUAUUGGUUUAGUAUUUGAAGCUAGUCUUUAUUCAAAAAAAGAUCUUUCACAUUGGAUACUCAAUGGUGUAUGUUUACUAUUGAAUACUGAUUAA